AUGGCUUUAGUUGCUUACGAUAACAGUGACUCGAGUGAAUGCGAAGACGAGGAUAAUGAAACUCCACCAGUGGUUUUAGUAAAUAACAAAACAGAAAGUAAAUCAAGUCUAAAACUUCCAGAACCAGUUCAACUACAAACAGCCACCAAAAUAGAUGAAGAACCAGAAGUGGGUGAUAGUGAAAAUUUAUUCAAACUUUUACCACAACCAUCAAGAAAAAAACCUGCUGUGAUUGAAGAAGAUGAUGAAUUUCUACAUAAAAAAGAGGUUUCUAAUGGUGUUAAACCUAAAGCAAAAAUUACAGUGCCUUCAUUAAAUGAUUUUAAGGAUGUGGAAACCAGUGCACCAAUAGCAAAACCAAGAGUUACUAAUGGAAAAAAGUCAGGGCUCCUCAGCAUGCUCCCACAACCAAGAAAUGUGGCAAAGAAGAAUCAAGCCCCUGUUACCGCAACUAAAAAUAAUUUGAACCCAAAACCCCUGAUAAAUGAUUAUUCAGAUGAAAGUGAUAAUGAAGAAGUUGAAAAUGAUUUCUUCUCAAUAAACAAACCCGUAGAAUUACCUACAGAUGUGGGUAUGGCCUUAGAUGUAGAACCAAACACUAGUACAAAUACAAACACACAAAGGCCAAGAGGCAUUGAGUCUUUCUUCAAGAAGGAAGAAGUCAAACCUAUAGAGUUGGAACCCGAUUAUGACAGUAACAGUAUUGCAGACCAGUCUGAAGCUGGGUCAAGCUAUAAUGGCUAUGGAUCUGAGAACUCCAACAGUAAUGAAGUGUUGCUUGAUGAUGAAGCUAUCAUGAAACUCUGUGGCUCACGAGGAAAACGGAAACGCGAGGAAAUACAAAUAGUUGACGUGAACCAGAAGGAUGUGUUAGCCGAUGCAAGGGAGAUGCUUCUCAAAGGUCUUAUGGAUGACACGACCAAGCGCGUGUCGGCGAGCAAAAAGAAGGGCAACGAACCGACUAGCCAACAGAGACGGAAGCACCAGAUUACAUACUUGGCUUAUCAGGCUAAGGCUAAUGAAGCUGAAUUGCAGAAUCAAUGGGCAAACAACAAAAUGUCAAAACGACAGACUCAAGCAAAGUAUGGAUUCUAA